AUGUUACUGUUAAAGGCAAGAGCCCGAGUAGAUUUAAGAGAAGAGGCGACUGUUGAAGAUGCAAAUGACGUCAUAAGCUUAGUAAAACACAGCCUAAUAGACACAUUCAGUGACGAAUUUGGAAACAUCCAGCUGUCGAGGUCUAUCAACGGUUCGGGUGUCAGUUCGAGAAACAAGCUAAAGAAAUUCCUAGAUGCACUAACAAGGAGAUCACAUCAAUUGGGUAAAGAUGUAUUCACGAGGCAAGAAAUGAUUCAAAUACAUAAGGCUGCGGGUGUGGCAGGAGACGCUAAUGAUCUGAUUGAAGCGAUGCACAUACAAGCUUAUCUUUUGUUAAAAGGCUCCAACACAUAUCAACUAAUAGCUAUAUAA